CCAUCCCACACCACUACCCACGCCACCCGGCCAUUCUCGAAAUUCGUCCUCCCGCCGGAGUCCAUUUCUUAGGAGUACGCUUUCGAAGGAAGAUUUCACGGAAGAAACGAAUAUCACGACGAAACGGCCAACGAUUACCAAAAGCUUUCCAGGACGUCAUGUCAUGUGUUGCUUACCCCAAUUUCACUUUUUGCUUCAUGUUACAAAAGUCUCCUUUACCCUGUUUUUGUUCUUUUUCUGAGUCCCAUUUGGCGGCGCAAAGACGGCUGGCGGCGCAAAGACGGCUGGCGUCGGAGCUUACGCGAAAGAUGGGGCUUGUUCAAUUCGAAUUGUUGCGACCCUUUUUAGUCCUGACAGGCAGCAUCUCCCGCAGCGAAAACGUGUGCACUAUACGGCAAUGGCACAUUGUGAAUCCUGAUACGCAAAUAAUACUUGGCGAAGCUGUCGGUAGUCUUGAAAGCACAUGGACUCUCUUAUGUAAAGGGGGAAUGUUCGCGACGGUAACUUUUCUUUUGUGUUGUUGGUUGGUAUCUGCACUCUUGACUCUUUUUCCAUUUCCUUUAUGUCGUUUGUGGUUGGUGUGGUUUUAUUUGUUUCCUUGCUUUCUUUCCUUCGUAUGGACCGGGACCUACCUCUCUUCACGAUUUGCUACACCUUUGGAAGAAUCGAUGAUUCGCAAUAGUAAUAUGAUAAGGAAUCAUGCAUUUUUGGGGCUCAGCGACAGGACUUCAACUCGCAUUGGUAAACUCGAGGGGAUGGCUGGGUGGGUGCGGUUGGGGGCGGCGCUUGAAGGGCUUCUGCUAUUCGGAGUCUUGACUGGCUGGCUGGGGCCGAUGGGCAUGGUAUGGCGGGGAUAGUGAGUGAGUGAGUGUAGGAGUAGGUCUGAGUAGGUCGAGAGGAAUUGAAAGAAAUUAUUUAAAUUAUGUGUGUUCUGUAGGUGAUAUGAUACGUUGGUGUGCUCAAGGCACUUUUUCAACUGGUGGGUACGGUUUCAUGAAGGCACGCGUGUGUACCAAAGACAUAUGAGCACUGGGGUAAGGGCAGUGGACUCCAACAUCUCGCUAGGGAUGAGUGAUUCAAUGCACUAUGCUAGUCAUAUU